AUGGCGGAAGGAGACGCAGAAAAGGAAUACUUGGCGGGUGUCACAGACAACACCAAUGCCGCGUCCGAGUCCACGCCCGCGACAUCCAAUGAGGCCCAGCAAGUUCGCACGGCCUCAUCCUCCUCUUCAUCGCGCUCUAGUGCUAGUUCCACGGACAUAGAAGAGGGAAUCGAACAGGCUCGACAGAACAACCCCAAGGGAACCUCGAAUCCCCACACUGGAGUAUCCGUGUCACAGGCCCAGGCCGAUUUUGCAGAAUUGCAACGCCAAAUCUCUGGAAGGUCCAGAACCAGUCGCAGACAGAGCCAAGGCAGCCAUGCUGUUGAAGAUGUCGAGAAAGGCACAUCUGCAGUCGCAGAUUCGCCUUCUUCCAUUUCCACCGAGGAGAUUUUCGAUCUGGAAUCCGCCUUGCGUGGUGGCCUGGCUGCUGAGCAAGAAGCCGGAAUCAAGCCCAAGCACAUUGGUGUCUACUGGGAUGGCUUGACGGUAAAGGGCAUGGGCGGCAUGGAGAACUUUGUACAGACCUUCCCAGAUGCUUUUGUCAGCUUCUUCGAUUACUGGCAUCCCCUCAAGCGUCUCCUCGGCAUGGGUCCCAAGAUGAACGAGGUUACCAUUUUGGACAACUUCCGUGGUGUUAUCAACCCCGGCGAGAUGAUUUUGGUCUUGGGCCAGCCCGGCUCCGGGUGCACAACUUUUCUCAAAACCAUUGCGAACCAGCGAACCGGCUACACUGGUAUUGAAGGUGAUGUCUUGUAUGGUCCCUUCACCGCCAAGGAAUUCGACCACUAUCGAGGCGAAGCAGUAUACAACCAGGAAGAUGAUAUUCACCAUGCUACGCUUACGGUUGAGCAGACCCUGGGUUUCGCACUGGAUGUCAAGACCCCAAAGAAAUUGCCUGCUGGUACGACCAAGUCUAAAUUCAAGGAGGACGUGAUUACCAUGCUUUUGAAGAUGUUCAACAUUGAGCACACAAGACACACAGUCGUGGGCAACGCCCUGGUCAGAGGUGUGUCUGGAGGAGAGAGAAAGCGUGUAUCCAUUGCAGAGAUGAUGAUCACCAAUGCUUGUAUCCUGUCGUGGGACAACAGUACGAGAGGUCUCGACGCCAGUACGGCGCUCGACUUCAUCAAGUCUCUCCGCGUACAGACCAACCUGUACCAGACCGCUACCUUUGUCUCUCUCUACCAGGCCUCCGAGAACAUCUACCGACAGUUUGACAAGGUUCUGGUCAUUGACUCGGGUAAGCAGGUGUACUUUGGACCUACAGCAGAGGCGAGAGGCUAUUUUGAGAGCCUCGGCUUUGCGCGCAAGCCCCGUCAAACGACCCCUGACUACCUGACUGGUUGUACCGACGAGUUCGAACGUGAAUAUGCAGAUGGAUACUCGCCUGAAAACGCCCCGCACAGUCCCGAGACCCUCCAAGAGGCUUUCAAGAAAUCCACCUUCACUGAGAGGCUCAACACUGAGAUGACCCAGUACAAGGCGCGACUCGAUGAAGAAACUGCCAAGCACGAAGACUUUAGGGCCGCUGUACGUGAGAGCAAGCGAAGCGGUGCCAAGCGCUCCGUUUACAACGUCGGUUUCCACCAGCAGGUUUGGGCCUUGAUGAAGCGCCAGUCUGCUCUCAAGCUACAGGAUCGCCUUGCACUCAUCCUCGCAUGGUUCCGCAGUGUCCUCAUUGCAGUCGUUCUCGGCACUCUUUACCUCAAUCUUCAACAAACCUCUGCCAGUGCCUUCAAUAAGGGUGGUCUUCUGUUUGUUGCGCUCCUCUUCAACGCCUUUGAAGCUUUCUCCGAGCUGGCUGGUGUCAUGACAGGUCGCUCGAUUGUAAACAAGCACAAAGCCUACACCUUUCACACACCAUCUGCCCUGUGGAUUGCCCAAAUCUUUGUUGAUACGGCAUUUACAGCAGCGCGAGUCUUGGUCUUCAGUAUAAUAGUCUACUUCAUGUCCAACCUGAAUCGAACUGCGGGGGCAUUCUUCACAUUCUACUUGCUCAUCAUGGUUGGAAACAUUGCAAUGACACUGUUCUUCCGUAUCAUUGGUUGUCUCAGUCCCGACUUUGACUAUGCUAUCAAGUCUGCUGUUGUCAUCAUCACAUUGUUCAUCAUUACGUCUGGCUACUUGAUUCAAUACCAGUCCGAACAGGUCUGGUUGAGAUGGAUUUACUACGUCAACGCACUUGGUCUGGCUUUUGCUAGUCUCAUGGCCAAUGAAUUCAAAUCCAGCGAGCUCGAGUGUACAUCCGACUCUUUGAUACCUUCCGGCCCCGGGUACGGCGAUAUCAACCAUCAAGUCUGCACCCUUGCCGGGUCAGUCCCCGGUACCAAGCAGAUUAGCGGUGCUGCGUACAUCACCCAAGGCUUCUCCUACCUCCCGUCUGACCUCUGGAGAAACUUUGGUAUCAUUAUGGCUCUCAUUGUAUUCUUCCUCAUCAUGAAUGUGGUGCUAGGCGAAUACAUGACUUUUGGCGAAGGUGGCAACACAUUCAAGGUCUUCUCGAAGCCGGACCAGGAGAGAAAGAAGCUCAAUGAAGCGCUUGCCAACAAGAGGCUUCAACGUCAGAAGUCUAGAACAGCUGAAGACGAAUCCGCGCUGUCCAUCGAUUCGAAGAGCGUCUUGACUUGGGAGAACCUCAACUAUGAUGUACCCGUUCCCGGUGGCACGCGCCGCCUUCUAGAUAACGUCUUUGGUUACGUCAAGCCCGGUGAACUGACUGCUUUGAUGGGUUCCUCAGGCGCUGGCAAGACUACUCUCUUGGAUGUAUUGGCAGGACGCAAGAACAUUGGUGUCAUUCAUGGUGACAUUUUGGUCGACGGUGCGAAGCCUGGCAAGGAGUUUCAGCGAUCCACCUCGUAUGCCGAACAGCUUGAUAUGCAUGAUCCUACACAGACUGUGCGCGAAGCACUCCGCUUCUCUGCCGAUCUUCGACAGCCCAUGGAAACACCUCAGGAGGAAAAGUACGCAUACGUGGAAGAGAUCAUCUCUCUGCUUGAGAUGGAGCACAUUGCUGAUGCGAUUAUCGGAUUCCCCGAAGCCGGUCUCACUGUCGAACAGCGAAAGCGAGUGACUAUUGGUGUCGAAUUGGCUGCCAAGCCCCAACUCCUCUUAUUCUUGGAUGAACCUACGUCUGGUCUUGACUCACAGAGUGCUUUCAACAUUGUCCGUUUCCUCAAGAAGCUUGCUUCUGCAGGACAGGCCAUCCUCUGCACCAUUCACCAGCCCAACGCUGCCCUGUUUGAGAACUUUGAUCGACUUUUGCUUCUGCAACGCGGUGGCCAGACCGUCUACUUUGGAGACAUCGGUAAGGAUGCUGUCGUCCUCCGAGACUAUCUGAAGCGCCAUGGUGCCGUUGCUGGCGAGACAGACAAUGUUGCCGAGUUUAUGCUCGACGCUGUUGGUGCUGGAAGUGCUCCGCGUAUCGGUGACAAGGACUGGGCGGACAUCUGGCGUGACAGUCCCGAGCUUGCAAACGUCAAGGAUACCAUUUCGCAGCUCAAGGAGUCUCGUGCCGGCCAGGUCGAUGUCGAUCCAGCUCUGCAGCGAGAGUUUGCCUCAAGCCUCUCGCACCAGCUCAAGGUCGUCAUCCACAGAACGAACUUGUCCUUCUGGCGCACCCCCAAUUAUGGAUUCACUCGUGUCUUUAACCACUUUGUCAUCGCCCUGAUUACUGGUCUUGCUUACCUCAAGCUCGACGAUUCUCGAUCGUCCUUGCAGUACAAGGUUUUCGUCAUGUUCCAAGUCACCGUCUUGCCUGCCCUGGUCAUCACACAGGUCGAAGUUCUGUUUCACAUGAAACGUGCCAUCUUCUUCCGUGAACAGUCAUCCAAGAUGUACAGCACCUUUACUUUUGCAGUCUCAAUGAUUCUGGGCGAGAUGCCCUACUCUAUCCUGUGCGCGGUUCUGUUCUUCAUCCCACUGUACUACCUUCCAGGAUUCCAGACCGAAAGUACGCGUGCCGGCUACCAGUUUUUCAUGAUUCUCAUCACGGAGCUUUUCUCGGUUACUCUGGGCCAGCUUCUCGCAACCAUGACACCCUCGGCUUUCAUCUCGAGUCAGUUCGAUCCAUUCGUCAUCAUCACGUUUGCUCUCUUCUGUGGUGUUACCAUUCCCGCACCGCAAAUGCCCGAGGGAUGGCGUGUCUGGUUGUACCAACUUGACCCCUUUACACGUCUCAUUGGUGGUAUGGUUACGACGGCUCUCUAUGAGCUUCCUGUUACCUGUGCCGAAAGCGAGUAUAAUGCCUUCACUGCCCCUGAUGGCCAGACAUGUGGUGAAUACAUGGAUGCUUUCUUCUCUGCUGGUGGUAUCGGUUAUAUCCGCGACAACGCCACUAGUGCUUGUGAGUACUGCGCCUACAAGCUUGGUAACCAGUUCUACGAACCCCUCGGCUUCAACUACAACAACCGCUGGAGAGACCUGGGAAUUUUCCUGGCAUUCGUAGGAUCGAACAUCAUUCUGAUCCUUCUCGGAAGCCGUUUCCUCAACUUCAACCGUAGAUGA